GUCACUAUUUUUCUAAUGUCAGUUAUGUAGAGGUUAUAUUGCAAAUCUUUUGUUGAUUUCUUGUUCACUAUUGUAUUUUAUUAAUAUAGUAGUGCAAGUUGAAAUCUUUAGAUACAAACAGGAAUUUAUAGAACGUAUUUCUGCACAAUAUGUCGCAAAUUGCUGCAACACCCGUAAAUGGCGAAAGAACCAGUAUACAUGACAUGUUGAAAGACACCCCAUUAAAUGAUAAUAAAACACAAAAUCCACCAUCUUCGAGUAAUUCCACAACGUAUUCACGUUCAGUCCCCACAAGUUUAUCAACGUGUGGUUCACCAGCCAUUCUGACGCCACCACAGACUGAUGAUUCCUCUCUUCUCAAAAGUUCUCGAAUAGAAAACAUCAAAAACUGGUCCAUUUCUACAUACAAAUGUACUAAGCAGAUUAUGUUUGAAAAACUGGGCAAAUCAUCUAGGACAGUUGAUGCAGAGCUUGAAUCAAGAAUAGAUCAGUUAAAAGAAACUCAGAAAAAAUAUAUGAGUAUUCUUCGCUUAACGAGAAUUUUAACGAGCCACUUCUACCAAGUUGUUCAAACUCAGCAUGCAUUAGGUGAAGCAUUUUCUGAUCUUGCUCAAAAGUCACCAGAGCUGCAAGAAGAAUUUCUUUACAAUUCAGAAACACAAAGAAAUUUAACGAAAAAUGGCGAAACAUUAUUGGGUGCAUUGAAUUUUUUCAUAUCAUCUGUUAGUACACUAUGUAAUAAAACUAUUGAAGACACCCUGCAAAGUAUAAGGCAGUAUGAAGCAGCAAGAAUUGAGUAUGAUGCAUAUAGAACAGAUUUGGAGUCACUUUCUACGAAACCAGAUGGAACUAUCGGACUGGAAGAUGCACAGCAAGGCUAUGAAGUUCAUCGAGAACAAUUCAUGAAGUUGAGAGCUGAAGUUACUAUCAAAAUGAAGUUUCUGGAUGAAAAUAGGAUCAAAGUGAUGCAUAAGCAGUUACUUCUGUUCCACAAUGCAGUCUCAGCAUAUUUUUCUGGAAAUCAACAAGCCCUAGAAGCCACCUUGAAACAAUUCAACAUUAAAGUGAAAACUCCAAGUUCAACAUUUCCUUCAUGGUUAGAACAGUAGAUAUAAGGCAUGUGUAAUUAAGUAUCGGAUAUCUAGUCAUUUUUAUGAAGUUGAAGUGAAGGUUUUUCAAUUAGAAAAUUCAGCUCACAA